AUGCUAAUAUUACUGAGUGCUGGCCUUCUGGCCAUAGUAUAUGUCCUCUAUGGCAUUGUCUACAGACUCUAUUUGCACCCACUAGUCAAGUUUCCAGGCCCAUGGCAAGCCGCCAUCUCCAAUUGGUAUGCGGCCUUUCAUGUCUGGAGAGGUAACUCGCAUCUUAUGAUAUGGGAUGGGCAUCAGCAAUAUGGGGACAUUGCUCGAUGUGGCCCAAACUUCCUAUCCGUGAAUACACGGAGUGGAAUGGCCACCAUCUACGCGACAGGAGCAAAUGUCCGCAAAGACGACGGUUAUAUGGUCAUGAGCGCCAGUUUGCACGCGCCCAACACCAUCAGCAGCAUCGAUAAACAGGCACACGCAUUUAAAAGAAGAAUCCUGUCUCAAGUUUUCACUGCUUCGGCCUUAAAGGGGGUUGAAGAUCGGAUUCUGCUCCACACAAGGCGGUUAUGUGAUAUGCUCUAUAAUGACACUGCGGAUUCUAUAAUCAGCGACAGUCCUGUCGACUCUAAGAGUAGCUGGGGGCCAACCAAGGACAUGGCAGCUCUUUCUGACUACGUCGCCUUCGAUGUUAUCAGUGAUCUCUGCUAUGGCAAGAGUUUCGGGAUGCUUGAAUCGGACAGAUAUCGCUCCAUUACCAAGAUCACUACGAUGCUCAGCCGUCGGAACGCAGUGUGUUUUGUUCAAUCAAAGCUAUGGCGGUAUAAGCUAGACCGCGUCUUCUUUGCGUCUCUUCUCUCUCCGAUCAAAGACUUUGGUGCCUGGAUCAGACAGCAGGCCAAAGCCCGCACCAAACUCGGGAAUGAUGUUCCUCAAAAGGACUGCUUUCAUUACAUGCUCAACGCCAAAGACCCCGAUACUGGUCAGCCUUUCACUGAGAGAGAACUGUGGACGGAAUCUUUACAGUUGAUUGUAGCAGGAUCCGACACUGUCGCAGUCGCCAUGAGCUCAACAUUUUUCCAUCUAGUUCAUAACCCUAUAGCAUUGGCUACGCUCACCAACGAGAUUCGCUCUUGUUUCCAAAGCGAGGAAGAUAUUCUCCUCGGUGUUCAGCUCAACUCAUGCACCUUCCUGCGUGCAUGUAUCAAUGAGUCUUUACGCCUGUCACCUCCGUUUGCAGGCCUCCCCACACGUCGUGUUCUCCCCGGUGGCAUUACUGUCGACGGCCACUAUAUCCCAGAGGGAACUGUCAUCGGCACGCCCAUUUAUGCAAUCCACCAUGAUGAACGGUAUUAUUGUCGACCCUUCAAGUAUGCGCCCGAGCGGUGGAUCGAGGAAGACGGAGACCAUGACGAUACACUUAGCAAACAAAAUAUCAAGCUAGCCAAGGCAGCUUUUUGCCCCUUCAGCAUCGGACCCAGGUCAUGUGUGGCCAAGAAUAUGGCUUGGGCGGAGCUGACUCUGAUCAUCGCACGGAUAGUAUUCCGGUAUGACAUGCGGCUUCCACCGGAGCAUGCCGUCGAUGAGCCAGAAUGCUGUGGUUGGCUGGAUGGUGAGACGGAGAGGAGCCCGGAGUAUCGGCUCAAAGCUUGGAUAGCCUCCGGACGAGAGGGGCCUUUGAUUCAGUUUCGACCGAGAUCGGAUUGCUCAUAG